UGCAAGUAAUGCAACCCAGAGCCAGCCGUCAAUCAGUCACUCAACCAGUCACUGACUGCUGCAGCGAAGUUGAGCUGAUCCAGUUUAAAUCGGUUUCGGUUGUUUUGGCUUACGAAAUAAGGGUGUGCUGUGUCUGUCUGGAGGAGGAUCGCCCCGUCGUAGGUGAAUCGGUUAGAUCCUCGAUCAGCUCUCGCAGUAUUCCACCGUUCGUUGAUCGGAUCGGUCGCUUUCGCUUCAAAUAGUUUGCGCGCGCGCUUUUCUUCCCACAGCCACAGCCACAGGAUGUCGUUCGGGCAAGCGUUGAACACCUGUCUCAAGGGAGUGCUGACGGCGGUCGCUACCAAGACGAACCGUGAACCGGUGAUGGCUGCAGCCGCCGUCGCUGCCGCCGCCACCGCUAGCAAACCGGAAGUUUCCCGUACAGUGCAGACCACGUGGCCGAUCGUGGCGCCAAAGGCAAGGGAAGUGAUCUACGAGCCACGUGUUACACUGGACAACAUCAAUCCGGCGAUCGUCAAGAUGGACUAUGUCGUUCGUGGGGAGGUGCUCAUGCGGGCGGCUGCUCUCGAGAAGGAACUGGCACAGGGUGUCGUCAAACCGUUCAAGGAAGUCAUUCGAGCCAGUAUAGGCGAUUGUCAUGCCAUGGGACAGCAACCGAUCACAUUUUUACGGCAGGUCCUAGGACUGAUCACCUACCAGCCGCUGUUCAACGAUCCCACAAUCCCGGAAGAUGCCAAAGAACGGGCCCGCACAAUCCUGGCCGAUUGCAUCGGAAACUCCGUCGGUUCCUACACCGACUCCAGCGGAAUCGAAAUUAUCCGCCGGCACAUUGCCCAGUACAUUCAGAAACGGGACGGUGGAAUCCCAUCCGAUCCGAGCAACAUCAUCAUGUCGGCUGGGGCAACCGGUGCCAUCAAGUCGCUGAUGUCUCUCUUUCGGUGUACGAUCGACGGCAAGUUGCCCGGAGUGAUGAUCCCCAUUCCGCAGUAUCCGAUGUAUUCAGCAACCAUUGCCGAACUGGAGAUGGCGCAAAUCUGCUACCACUUGGACGAGGAGCGGAGGUGGGGUUUGGACAUUCCAGGUUUGGAACGGUCGGUGAACGAAGCGAAGGCCAACUGUGUUCCGAGGAUCUUGGUUGUGAUAAAUCCGGGUAAUCCGACGGGACAGGUUCUAUCGAGGGAAAAUAUUGAAAGUAUCAUUAAAUUCGCUUACAAGGAAAAUCUGGUGAUCUUUGCCGACGAGGUCUACCAGUACAAUGUCCACGAGGAGGGUUCGGUGUUCCACUCGUUCAAGAAGGUCAUGAUGGAGAUGGGAGCCCCGUACAACCGGAUGGAACUGUGCAGUUUUAUGUCCUGCUCGAAGGGUUACAUGGGCGAGUGCGGCAUCCGAGGAGGUUACGUCGAGGUGGUGAACAUGUGCCCGGACGUUAAGGCCAUGCUGCUCAAGAGCAUAUCGGCUCUGGUGUGUCCGUCCACUAUCGGACAGGCCUGCAUGGACGUAUUGGUGAAUCCACCGAAACCGGGUGAACCGUCGUACGAGCAGUUCAUCAGGGAGAAGAAUGCAGUGUUGGCCUCGUUGAAGGAACGGGCAGCGUUGGUGGCCGACACGUUCAACUCGUUCGAGGGAUUCUCGUGCAAUCCGGUCCAGGGUGCCAUGUAUGCGUUUCCGCGAAUCCAUUUGCCGGAGAAGGCCAUCCAGGCGGCGAGGAAGGCCGGCCAGGAGCCGGACGUUUUCUACGUGUACCAGCUGUUGGAGCAGACGGGCAUUUGCGUCGUGCCUGGAUCGGGCUUUGGACAGAAAGCUGGCACUUUUCACAUCCGCUCAACUAUCCUACCACAGCCGGAAAAACUCAAAGAAAUGCUGAGCGUGUUGCGAUCCUAUCAUGAGAAAUUCUUACUGCAGUACCAGUGAGUGACGAAGCAUGUUCCUUUUAUUUAGAUUUAUAAGUGUUACUUAUUACGAAGUGAAGAACUGAUUGGUGAUUAGCAAUCUUUGUGGAUUGUUCGAAUGUAUUUGUUGUAUGAAGAAUGUUUUAUAAUAAAUAAAGUCUAUAUUAUUAUGGCAGACUUUGACCAAAUCA